GAGAGAGAGAGACAGCUUCAUAGUUAACCAUGGGGCUCUUCAUCAUCAUCAUCAUCAUGAUCCUGUUGUACAUGUGCUGCAGAUUAUUCUUUUCUUGCUGGGUUUUCCCAAUGCUAGCAUAUAGGAAGUUUAAGAAAAAUGGGUUACAAGGUCCAUCUCCAAGUUUUCCUUUUGGAAAUCUAAAUGAGAUGAAAAAGAAGAUCAAUAUCAAAAGCCCUUCUUCAUUUGGGUCUAAUUCAAAUAUCAUCACCCAUGACAUACACUCAACUCUAUUUCCCUACUUUGAUCGUUGGCUGAACUCCCACGGAAAGGUGUUCAUCUACUGGUUGGGGACGGAGCCAUUUUUGUACAUAGCAGAUCCAGCGUUACUGAAAAAAUUGUCUACAGAGGUCAAAUCAAAGAAUUGGGGCAAGCCAGCUGUGUUUAGACAUGAUAGAGCCCCCAUGUUCGGCAAUGGCCUCGUCAUGUCUGAAGGCGAUGAGUGGCUCCGUAACCGCCAUGCUGCCACUCCUGCUUUUAAACCUACCAACUUGAAGGCCAUGGUGAGGUUAAUGGUUGAGACCACCACAAAAAUGGUAGACAAGUGGACUACCCUCAUAGAUUCCGGCACUCAAGAAAUCGAAGUGGAGAGAGAAAUCAAAGCAACAUCAGGGGAGAUCAUAGCCAAGACCAGCUUUGGCAUUAGUUACCAAAGCAGCCGCACUGGCCUGAUGUUCCAAAAAUUAAAAGCCCUGCAAAUGAUCCUCUUCGAGCCGAACCAUUUUAUGGGAGUUCCUCUUAGCAAAUUCCUGCAACCGAAGAAAACCCUCGAGACCAGAAGACUUGGAAAACAGAUUGACCAACUCUUGAUAUCAAUCAUUACUGCUCGGAAACAAUCGUCUCCAACUACGCCUCCGUGGCACGACUUGCUUGGGUUGUUGCUUCAAGAGAGUGGUACUGAAGAAUUGGGAAGCUUUACGAAGGGUUUAACCACACAGCAAGUAGUGGAUGAAUGCAAGACCUUCUUCUUUGGUGGUCAUGACACAACAGCAUUGGCAAUCACAUGGGCGAUGCUUCUUCUGGCCACGCAUCCCGAGUGGCAAAACCAGUUGAGGGAAGAGAUUAGGGAGGUCGUGGGAGAUAAACAAAUUGACGUCCACAUGCUAGCUUCACUAAAGAAGUUGGGAUGGGUGAUUAGUGAGGUUUUUCGACUGUAUCCAUCAGCACCAAAUGCACAAAGGCAAGCGAGAGAGGACAUUCAAGUGAGCGAUAACGUAACAAUCCCCAAUGGGACCAAUAUGUGGAUUGACAUCGUGGGCAUGCACCAUGACCCAGCUCUUUGGGGUGAGGAUGUGAAUGAGUUCAAGCCUGAGAGGUUCAAGGAUGACAUACAUGGUGGGUGCAAGCACAAGAUGGGGUACUUGCCUUUUGGGUUUGGAGGAAGAAUGUGCAUUGGUCGAAAUUUAGGCUUUAUGGAGAUUAAGAUUGUCCUAACCCUAAUUCUGUCUAGGUUUUCUUUUACCAUCUCCCCGACUUAUUGUCAUUCUCCUUGUAUUAUGCUCACCAUGAGGCCUUCCUUUGGACUCCCUCUUGUAUUUCAGCCUCUUUAUUAGGCCCCAAUACGUUUAUAUAUUUAUUACUUCUUAUA